GGGAAUUCUUUACCUGCAGAAUCCACACAUGUCAUUGAACUCUUUUUCUUUUUUAGUCCAAUGCCCUAAAAUGCAACUAUGAGAUAUAGCCAUGUACCUACCUAGUUAUCCAUAGUAAUUGCUCUCUCGAGUAUAGCCCCUCCCCCUUAUCUGCCCCCCACUGACUUGACUUGGCCCGAAUCCCGACGACUAUAUUCGUAACUCAGACAUCAUCAAAUGAGAAGAGUUAUUCAGCCUCGACGCGACUUCAGCUUACCAUCUCCGUCUUGUUUACAUGUCAGCAUCAACACAAAUACCAAGAGUCUUUAUAUGAUAUCUAUUAGAGGCUAGAGUUAUGUUGUUAAUAGCUUUCAAUUAGCUAUUCCUAUAAAAGCAGUUUGAGACGGUCCAACUAUUAAGAUUAGAAGGAAAGAAAAGGAUAAUUAUCCCGUUUGGAAGUAUAACUCGGAGUUUUCUCUUAAUCGAGAUGGAUCGUAUACCACCAGAGAUACUCUUACACGUCUUCGAGUUCCUCGAUGACCCGGCUCCGUCGCAAGUGCGGCUUCGCGACCAGCCGAGCGACGACAUGCUAGAUGCCAAGUCUUUAUAUUCGCAAUCGCUCAAGACUGUAUCCUUCGUUUGCAAGACUUGGCGGUCUCUUGUGCUCCCUAGCCUAUUCCGUCAUAUCUUAUGGAGACCCAAGAUAUCCUCGCUCAGCGCUUUCACAUUGAACCCGAUACCACUUCUACGCUUCCUAGAAGAUAAUCGGCUAGACCGCAGCGUCGCGACUUUCACUAUGAUCGUCGACUUCGUAGAUAGGGAUGCCGGUGCCAAUCAAAUCACUCCUGAGAUACGCUCUGUCGAUCUGGAAUGGUUAUGGGACCAGCUAUUCUCCGUCAUCGACCCUCUAAGGUUCACCAUCAUUACUCCUCCCAAUACUCUCGCUUCAUUCUUAUCCCGUAUGCUCUUCUUAGACGACGCCUGGUCGUUUAGCAUUCCUUAUCAUAUUCUCUCACUCGCCCGAACUACUAGAGAUUCACGUGGCAAGUCGAGUACGCAUACAGAAUUAUCUAACUCAGAUAUUCAUCCCUCUUCGUCACAGCACCAUCCUUCUACGACAACGACCCAGGUGGCUUCGGCAGGUCCCUCCACCACCUCAUGUUCGAUCCGCUAUAGAAAACCACCGUCGUGUCCGCUCUUCACCGUUCGUCCUUGGACUUCACUACUCCUGAAUGAAGGCUCGUCUACUAGGGUUUAUCGAACAUAUGAGUUCUUUCUGCGUCGACCACCGUCCAUGCUUGGGGCCCUCCUUGGGUGCGAGGAACACCCUAACGACACCCCGCUUAUACCGCCUACUAUCAUUGACUUCAAUUACAUCGCCAUAUUCCCCUUAUCAUCUCACUUUGAGAUCCUACUCCAGAACCUACCCAAGCUUGACCGUCUCUUUGUGCAGCUGACCCCCGGGCCUGAAAACCGGAUCUUAGAGGCAGAAGAUGAAAUGAAGCACAUAGAUCCGGCGGACCUCUGGAUGGAGCGCAAUACAGCAUACAGCUCCCUGAUGCGCGAGCUUACCUUCGCCGCCGACCCCGCGGUGUACCCAAGAAACUGGGCGUCGCUACGGGUUUUCGAGAGCGGCGACGCGGCAGACCACGAAGCCUGGGAUAUGGCGGUACAAUUUGUCGAGCGCAGUGGCGCUAAAGGCUGGAAGGUAGAACGGCCAGGCAUUUUUGUCAAGGAGGACGAAGAGGGAAAUUACCCUAACACGGACCGGGAGGUUGAUGGUCAUGUUGGACCACCAACCUCCUCGGGGGAGCCAAUUUUGUCAGUAUAAUUAUUUUCCUUCAUCUCUAUGAUUUUCACCCUUAAGUACAUUGUGUAUCUGCCGAGACAAUCAGGCUUUAUAGACACAAAUAAGAGGUAUAUGUAUAGUCUGCUGACGAGGCACAAGUAAGGGAUCGCUAAGGCGAUUCGCCUUUAAUGGUGUUGCUCGCCUGCCGUUCUCCAGCCUAUGGUUAUAUAUGCACAACAAUCAGCCGCCCAUCGUCCACGGGGGAAACCAAUAGCCACAUCUUGAAAUAGCUCGAUCUCGGAUAACAAAUGGGAGUCCCUCCUUUAUAACGGGUGCAUGCUUUAUGCAUGGAACUUCUAAAAAAUGCCGCCUUUUAAAUACUUAAAUAGGUACACAUGUACUAUACUCCUACAACAAAGAUACAGGUUAGAACGAUACAGGAUCGCCGGUAGACACGAGGUUACAAGGAAGGAUCUAUUAUACUUGUACAAAAUCGAAGAAGAUAGUGCUUUAAAAAACUCCGACUUGAAAAGCCUC